UGCAUGAUGAAAGGACCACAGCUGUCAAUGGAGGAGGCAUACAUCCAAACAAGGAGAGGGAAAUGCAAGAUGGGUGACUUGGACUAAGAGUCAGCUGUGGGUGAUUGUUGGUGGGAGGAGCUGGUAAUAACAGAUUGAGUGGGGUGAGGGGGAUGGUUGAAUGGGAGAGGAGGGAAGGGGAGCGAGGGGAAAUCCAUGUGGGAGGAUGAGGGGAGGUAAGGGUAGGGUUGGGGUAUAUGCCACAGAUCCGGGGGUGUGGAAAACAGGGUAGGAUGACGGGGGAGGAUGCCCGGAGUAAACCAUGCCAUCGACAGAAACGGAGCAACUAAAACCAACUAUUAUGUCAGAGUUGGUCGAGUCUCUCCCUCUGUUACUAGUGGAGUCAUGUCCUGUGUUGAAUCUCAUGAUAUUGAAUUGGGUACCACAGGUGGUUUUUACUUGGGAGUUGUUGACUUGAGCACUUGUGUUACUCUCACAAGAAUUCUAGUUCUCUACUAUGUGUGUCCAGAGGAGACAUCAGAACUCAUCUCCAGACCUGAGGCAAUUGAAUCCCAGUCUCUGGAAGGCUCACCUUCAGUGGAGGGAGAGUGUGUAGAGAACAGUUCCACUGAUGGUGGAGUCAAUCCUAUUCUCAUAUGUGGUCCUAGGGGACAGUGGCAGGUGAUAAAACCUUGUCUCUGUAAUCCUGGAUAUCAGCUAAACAGUAGUCAGGAUAAGUGCUCAGAGUGUCCAGAAGGAACCUUCUCAUCAGGACUGGGUAAUGGACCAUGUGAGACAUGUCCAGCUAACAGUGAGGGGACUGGAACUGGUCUGAGCCUCUGUCCAUGUCUCCAGGACUACUACAGAGCUCCUUAUGAGGGGCCGUCCGUCCCCUGUACACAGUCCCCAGGACCUCCGUCUGAUCUCAGAGUGUCAAAUGUGACUAACACAUCGGCUGUCCUCUCCUGGUCUCCUCCUAAUGAUAAUGGAGGGAGACCUCUCUAUGAGAUUUUGUACACUAUUACUGCCAUGGUUGGAGGGACAGUGACGGAGUUUGUGGUGGGAGAGGAUGGAGUGUUGAGCUGGUCUCCUCCAGUUCCUCCCAAUGGACUCAUUCUCUACUACAAUGUCAUCAUAUCGUCGUCACCCCACUCUGGGGAACUGGUGGCCAGAAUAUACGAUGAGUUGAAUGAUACUAGUAUCGACCUGUAUCAAUGUUGCGGAGAUGUUGGUGGAAUCUUUAACAUUAAGGUGCAGGCUGUGACAAGUGUUGGUGGUGGAAUAUUCUCACUGCUAGUGACUGUAGCUCUCAUUAAACCAAGGCCUCUCUGUCUCUGUCAUUCCUCCACAUAUCCAGCACCUCCUACCACACCCUCUUCUGCACAUCCAGUAUACUCAUCUACUGAUGACAGUGGCAACAGUCAGCAGGGAGCCCAGGGGGUUGUGGUUGGAUUUGGUAUAGCAGUUGCAGUUCUGUUUUUACUUCUGCUGCUUCUUGGAACUUUGUUCAUUGCCUUCAUUCUGCACACCAAGAAGACGGGUCAGUCUUGUGAAGAGAGCAUGGCAACAGAGGCGGAGAACACGGCGGUGACCCAAGUGGGCGGGACUUCAGAGCACGCGGCAGUGAGCGAGGGGGGCGUCACAGCACCAGAGGCUACAGCAAGGACAGAGGAUGGAGGGACACCUAGCGAUCUGAUUGGUUGGUUCAACUCGGAGAUCCAGAAACACCCGGCUACCUUCAUCGUGUACUACCGUGGCAACUGGUGA